AUGGAAGUUCUACCCCUGCGGAAAAGGACGCGCCUACCGUCGGAGAAGGAGCCGCAGACGUCAUUGCUGAGCCCCGAGGACAUGGCGCAUCAGACGAAGGCCGUACGACUCUCCUUCGGAACGGCGCUGUCAGAGGACGUGGACAUGGCGGUGGACGGGGUGGGAAAGAGCGUGGCUGUGCUGACGAGCGGGGGAGACUCCCAGGGUAUGAACUCGGCUUUGCGAGCCAUUGUUCGCCUGUCCCUCCACCGCGGGAUGCGUGUGUACGCCGUGCACGAAGGCUACCAGGGCCUCGUGGACGGCGGGGAGAAGGGGAUGGAGGAGUGCAGCUGGAACAGCGUCUCCAACAUCCUCCACAAAGGCGGGACGGCCAUCGGCACCGCGAGAUGCCGGGAUUUCCGCGAACGGGAAGGCAGGCUACGAGCAGCCUCCAAUCUCGUCAAAAGGAGCAUAGGGAACCUGGUGGUCAUUGGAGGCGACGGCAGUCUGACCGGAGCCAGCGUUUUCAAGGAGGAAUGGAUGGGGCUUCUAGCUGAAUUGCAGCAAGAGCAGCGAAUCACUGCAGAGGAAGCAGCAAAGUGCAGGUUUCUCAACAUUGUUGGGCUUGUGGGGUCCAUUGACAACGAUAUGUGUGGAACUGACAUGACUAUCGGCACCGAUUCAGCUCUCCACCGCAUCAUCGAGGCCGUUGACUGCCUAACUAGCACCGCCGCCAGCCACCAGAGGAGCUUUGUACUGGAGGUAAUGGGCCGUCACUGUGGGUACCUCGCACAAAUGGCGGCAAUUGCCGGUCGUGCAGACUGGGUCCUUAUCCCCGAAAAGCCUCCCGAGCCAGGAUGGGAAGACGUCAUGUGUCAGAAAAUGCAGACGUGUUGUGGUCUCGGGGAGAGAUUGAGCAUCGUGAUUGUCUCGGAGGGGGCGGUGGACAAGGAGAACAAGCCAAUCACUUCCCAGUACGUGAAGAAGGUGAUCGAAACGAAGCUCGGUCACGAUACGAGGAUCACUGUGCUCGGUCACGUCCAGCGAGGAGGAAAACCGUCCGCGUACGAUCGACUCAUCGCAUGCAGGAUGGGUGCUGCGGCUGUACUUGUCCUCCUUCAGGCUACUGGCGAAAUUCCCCCCACGAUGAUCGGCGUACAGGGCAACUACAUUUGCCGGAUUCCCCUCAUGGAGUGCGUGGAAGCCACGAGGAAUGUCAAUCGAGCGAUGCAAGAGUGCAACUUUAAACGAGCACAGGCUCUGCGAGGGAGCAGUUUCCUCCGGAACAUCACGGUCUCGCGCCGUAUUUCUUCAUGCGGUCCUCGAGGCUGCGGGUCCAACCCCUCGCUAAAUGAGUCUGGGAACUCGUAUCGUGUGGCCAUCAUGAAUGUAGGGAGUCCAGCGGCAGGAAUGAACAGCACCGUUCGAGCCUUCGUUCGUCUCAUGACCUACAGUGGGCACACCGUCCUGGGUAUCGAGGAAGGCUUCGAGGGAUUACUCCUUGACAGGGUGAGAGAGAUGGAGUGGCAUGACGUGUCCGAGUGGGCUUCGGCCGGUGGAUCUUUCCUCGGUACAAACCGUACGUCGCCGAAUGAAGAGACGCUCCCGACCAUUGCCGAAAAGGUUACCAAACACGGGAUCCAGGGCCUGUUGAUUGUCGGUGGGUUUGACGGAUUCGAGAGUCUCGUGACACUCCAGAAACGUCGGAGUGAGUACCCAGCCUUCCAGAUUCCUCUGCUCGGGAUUGCAGCCACAGUCAGCAACAACGUUCCCGGGACCGACUGCAGCCUGGGGAGUGAUACGGCGCUCAACACUAUCGUCUCCAUGUGCGACGUUUUGCGCCAGUCGGCCAACGCCAGCCGCAAGCGAGUGUUUGUUGUCCAGACAAUGGGCGGUUACUGCGGUUACCUCGCCACCAUGGCUGGUUUGGCAGCAGGGGCGGACACUGCAUACAUCUUCGAGGACAACUUCACAAUCUCUGACAUGCACAAAGAUGUUGCUAGACUCGUGGGGAAAUUUAAAGCGGACGGCAUACAGCGGGGAAUCAUAACACGCAGCGAACGCUGCAGCGUCAACUUCACGAGCGAGUUCAUGUGCCAGCUACUGGCCGAAGAAGGUAGAGGAAUGUUUGUGACCGAAUCCAACAUUCUAGGUCACCUCCAGCAAGGCGACAAGCCUAGUCCGUACGACAGAAUCCUCGGAACGAAAUAUGCUGCACACGCCGUCGAUUUUUUCAUGGAGCAAAUGGAAAAGCUUCUGCGCACAGGUGGUGGGGGAGGGGGGAUAAGUCGGGCAAUGGACCCACAGUCUGCAUGUAUGGUGGGGAUCAGGGGAACCAGCAUGGUGACCACUCCAAUCCAAGACCUCAUCGAGGAGACGGAUUUCGCUCACCGGAUGCCCAAGCAGCAGUGGUGGAUGUCGCUUCGUGCUCUGCUGCACGUGUUGGCGCGGGACCGAAACCACGUCUUUCUUGGCGAGCAACAUCUGAGGUCAAUCAACAACCAGUCUACCUCCGACUUUUAG